GAACAUCCGCCAUCCUUGCAUUCUUUUGCGCGUGUGGAGCACUUGUGCCUUUUAUGUCUCAGGCGUGGUAUGUAGGGCCCGUUGCGCAGUACGGGUCUGGAGACUGCGGGAUUGCUGUUGGGUUUGUUGUUGCUGCCCUUACCUACACAGUUUUCAGGGGCGUAGAGAGGUGGUGCAUGAAAGUGAGGGGGGUUGGUGGGCCACUUAGGGAAGAAGACAUCAAGGAACAAGAUUUUUGAAAACCUAGCUCCUAUGACGCCACCGUUUUGGGCUAUUUCCAAUAACUCCAUAAUGACCUCAAGCUUGUAUUCGUACCUUUUGUCCUUCUUUCUCAUUGAGUUACUUUGGAGUUGCAUUCAGUGCUGCACGCUAUGUCAAACUCACAGAGCUUGGGAACGCCGCACAUUCAAGCGGUGUCAAAACGUUCUCCUUACGGCACCUUAUUCUCUAGGACGUUACCCCGCUACAGUGGGCAGUACCGCGUUGGCGUUCGAGACGUCGAAAUUUCCAUCCCGAAACAGUCGUUCGGAAAUUUUAAGCAUAAGUCGAUGCCGAAUGAGGUUGGAAUCACCAUUGACACCACCAUGUUUACUCUGUUCUAUCCUACUGAAUCGAAUGAAAAUGACCAUCGCAUUGUAUGGUUUCCCAGACUUCGUCAAACCGUCGAAGGCUUAAUGAAAAUGUCCAACACCUGCAAUUGGUUCUAUAAAUACAUGGCUUAUGCGGGGGCGGCUGUCGUUACAUGGGGAACCACGUUUCCGGGCAUACCAAAUGCGCCGCUGAAGGCACUGCCGGGUUCGACGAAGUGGCCACUGCUACUGUUCAGUCACGGAGCAGGAUCUUCGCGCUUAAUGAACACAUCUUUUUGUGGUGAAAUGGCAUCUCGAGGGUUUGUUGUUGCUGCUAUAGAACAUCGGGACGGUACUGGCCCACACGCAAGAAUCACCAACGCAAAUGGAGAGGAAAGCGACUUUUCAUGGAUUCACUGGAACGAUCUAGAGUGCGUUUCCUUACCCCUGCAUCUGAGUAUACUUACCUUGCUUCCUCUUUCGACCAGUUGGAUAGACUUGCCCGAACAGCCAUCGGAUGAUACCAUGCUUCGACGUGUUCAGUUGGAGGUUCGUUUAGCCGAGGUGCAAGGUGUCUUGGCGGGAUUACAGAAAGCGGCGCGUGGAGAGCCUUUUGCGUCCACUGGACAUCGUUACUCGUCAUCGAGCAACUGGGACGAGUGGGACUGUGUGGAAGUCGACGCGCCUGUGAUGGCAGGGCACUCUUUUGGCGGGAGCUUAGCCAUGGCUGCCGCCGCUGACAGUCGUUUUUCCUUCAGCCACAUUGUUGUAUUCGAUCCCGCCACGAAAAGACUGCAAUCAUGGAAUGGACGGAUUACUGUUCCCUUACUUGCGGUCAGUUCUGAGGAAUUCUCUGCUGGUGUGGAAUUUUCCAUGUUACGUUAUAUGCUCUCUGGUGUUCCCCAGCACGAAGUCCAUGUCAUUCCGGGCUCUUCGCAUCCUUCUUUCACUGACGUGUUUUUGAUUUUGCCCGACUACGUCAACAGAAUGAUGGGCCUUGCGAUCGACCCGGUCUACGUCAUAAACGUCACUGUGGGUAAGACGAAGCAGUUUUUGGAGAAUGGUGGAGAAGAGCACGUGCGUGUUGAAGAAAGGCCGAGGCAGAUCUGAAGCCUCCACAGGCACAAAAGCAGUCAACUUUGGCACCACCACCCAAAGCUACCCUAAUAAGUGUGCGUGUACUAGAAUACAAUGCUUGGAUAACGAAAUGGAGGACGACGAAGAUAAGACAG